AUGAUAUUUGAGGAUGUCCUCCGGGAGGUGAAUGGCUUUGGGAGAUACCAGAUCCUGGUCUUCUUGAUGCUUUGCAUUCCCAGACUGAUGAUCCCCAUGCACUUCCUGCUCCACAAUUUCAUCUCUGCCUCUCCACCUCACCACUGUGUGCUUCCAGCCUUUGCUGGCACUUCCAAUCUCAGCCAGGAUGAGGCCUUCUCCGUUGGCCUCCCAAGAGAGCCCGACGGGACAUUUAGCCCCUGCAAGAUGUUUUCUAGGCCACAGUUUCAGUUGCUGGCAAAUUCUUCCUGGGAGCUGGACAACGCCUCAUUGAUCCUGAGCUGCCAGCAUGGCUGGGUCUACGAUUAUUCACAAUAUGCAUCAACCACGGCCACUGAGUGGGACCUGGUGUGUGAGAAGAAAGGCUUGAACCAGGCAAUUGCUACCUUUUUCUUCAUUGGUGUUACUUUGGGGUCUGUACUUUUUGGCUACUUGUCUGACAGGUUUGGCCGGAGGCGGAUGCUCCUGCUCUCUUUCCUUUCCACGAUGAUCUUUGGGGCCCUGGCUGCGUUUUCAGAGUCUUACCUGAUGUUCAGCAUCACGAGGUCGCUCUGUGGGAUGGGACUCACGGGCGUGUCCAUCAUCUCCUUGAUAUUAGCUGUAGAAUGGACUGACAUCAAGCACCGCACCUUCUGCGGCACCAUCAGCGGCAUUUCCUGGUCUCUUGGGUACAUGCUUUUGGCACUCGUGGCCUACCUGAUUCGGACGUGGCGUUGGCUCCUGUUGGCUGUCACCUCUCCCUGCCUCCUCAGCAUCAUCAUUUGGUGGUGGCUCCCAGAAUCUGCCCGGUGGCUCUUGACAAAGAAGGAGGUGGAGGCAGCGCACGGCUAUCUUUCCAGAUGUGCCAAAGUCAAUGGCAAGAAAGAGUUCGACUCCAAGAUAACUCCAGAUGUCCUGCGGAGGACACUGACCAUAGAGGAGUCGAAGACCUAUUUCUACUGGCACCUGGUGAAGACCCCCAAGCUGAGGAAGACCACCUUGUGUUCUGUGGUCGUAUGGUUUGGUGUGGCGUUCACCUAUUACGGCAUCAGUUUAAACAUCAGCGGUUUCAGCUUGGAUCCGUACGUGACACAUUUUAUCUUUGGGGCCAUUGAGAUUCCUGCCAAAGUCAGUGUGUAUGUUGUCUUGGACCGCAUCGGCCGCAGGCAUUGCCAGGCAUGGACUCUGAUUGGGACGGGAGGCAUGAUUGCUCUGAAUGCAGCCAUCCCUGCAGAGCAAGGGCAUCUCCGAUCGGCGGUGGCCAUCUUGGGCAAGGGAUUCUCCGAAGCUUCUUUCACCACCGUCUUCCUCUACACAGCUGAACUUUUCCCAACGGUGGUCAGGCAGAGUGGUGUUGGCUGCUGUUCAUUCAUGGCGCGGUUGGCCAGCUCCAUAGCUCCUCUGAUCAUGCUGCUAGAUGACACCUGGAGAUACCUGCCUCCCUUGAUAUUCAGUGUGGUGGCACUGGUGUCUGGGACGGUGGCCUUUCUGCUAACAGAGACAACCAACAUCCAGUUGCCAGAGACUAUCGAAGAUGUGGAAGAUGGCAGAAACAAAAAGGCAUUGGGAACCCAAGUACACGGACAAGGCAUGGAUGGAGCAAUCCCUCUUGGGCUGAUGAGUCAAACCGGCACAGAUGCUCCCCUCUCUCAGCAACAGGAAGCCAGCACUGAGUGCAACGGGAAACAACACUGUAACAAGACAUUGCUGGCCAACGGAAUAGACGCUGCUGGAUGCUCGGAAAAAGUCUGAUAUAAUGGGAACUGGCUGCUAAUUGGAGCUGAAAUCCAAUAAGAGGAUAACACUGUCGUGAAGUUAAAUGCCACUGUAUGGCAUUUUAGUUUGUUUCAGUUUUCAGAGAGGGCUGAAUCUGAUAUACUGACCCUAUUUGCUGU